UCGUACGUCCGCUGCAGCACCAGUGCACCACUUCACGUCCACUCCCUUGGCCCAUGUAAUCAUAGAGUUAACACAAUAUAAUAAUAAGAUUAUUUUAAUGUAGGCUAAAUGUUAAUAAGAUUGCACAGUUUCUCAUUGCCGUGGUCUAUUUAUGUUUCACAAACCACAGGAUUUGAUCAAGCGGACGCCGGCUGAUGGAAUAAACCGGCCAGAGUUCCUGAAACAACUAGUUCAAGAGUUCCGAAAAACCAACAGUGCAGAAUCGAAGCUUCAAGUUUUGGCCAACCUUGCCAAUUUUGCAUAUGAUCCUGUCAAUUAUCUGCACAUACGUUCUCAGAAGGUAAUCGAUUUGUUCUUAGAACAAUUGACUUCUGACGACAAUCAAUUAAUAGCAUUUGCAGCAGCUGGACUCUGUAAUUUAGUCAAUGAUCCCAUCAAUAAGGAUUAUAUCAUUGGAAAUGGUGGUAUUCAAAAUAUAGAAAAAAAUUUGAGCAUAAAUGAUGACAAUAUAAUACUUUCCAGUAUCACAACUCUUAUGUACUUGUAUGCACCAGAGAUAAAAACAGGUCAAAGAAUCAUAUCUGAUGAGACUUCAGGUAUUAGAAGUGAAAUAUUUUUGGAAGAAUGUGAUAACAAAUUUACUUAUCAACAAUGGAGAUAUACAAAUGGUGUUGCUGAAGGCUGUGAAUUACUUAAAGGGCAAUCUUUUCCAUUAGAAAUGAACUGUGAUUAUUUAAAUGGUAUAAGCUUUAAUAAAGGCUGCUAUGUUGGACAAGAACUGACAGCAAGGACUCAUCACACUGGAGUUACAAGGAAAAGAAUAAUGCCUUUAAUUUUUGAUGAUACUCCCACUGGUUUGGAUUUGGAUGCUGAUAUUUACAAUGAAUCUGACCCUAGUGUUAAAAGACCACCAGGGAAGUUAAGAGGGUUGUGUGGAAAAAUUGGUAUUGCACUAUUAAGAAUUGAUGAAUGUUUGAAAGCAAAACGAUUAAUUGUUGGUGGGUUUACGGCUAAGACAUUUAUUCCUAAUUGGUGGAAAAUGUCAUCACUAUUAUAUAUAAAGCUCGUCAUGCUUUCUCAGUUAAGUAGACGAUUGCAGUCCACCAGAGCGCUUAUGGUAGGCGAUCGUGUAGUGAUAUCGAAAAGAGUCGAUGAGUCGGAUAUCAAUGAUUUUGCUCGUCUGAGUGGUGACACUAAUCCCAUACAUUCUGGUGAUCGUCCGUUGGUACAUGGCAUUUAUUUGGCGGGUCUGGUGUCCGGGGUGAUUGGUACCAAGUUACCUGGCGCCGGCACUGUUGUCGUGUCCAAGAACUUGAGGUUCCCAAACGCGUGUUAUGCCGGUGACCUAGUCAAAAUCGAAGUUGAAAUACAAACCAUAAGAAAAUUUGUAAGGUGCGGAUUUUGGUGUAGAGUUGGGGAUAAGGUAGUCAUGGAAGGCACAGCGGACGUAAUCAUAAAACGUCUUACUAAAAAUCAGACGUUAACAGUAUAAAAUAGAAUUAAAAAAUAAAAACCUGUGUUAUAUUUUAAGCGUUCGAAUCCAUGGAUUAUUUAAUUUA